AUGUUUUCGUGGUUCAUCACCUUGAGCAGGGUGAGUUCCUGUUUCAGAGCGUUGACCAUGGUCAUUUUCGAGGACUCUGAUGAUGUUGGCAGACUGACCUGUUUCACAGCCAUUAAUUCUCCGGUCAAGCCGUUGAGACCCAAAUACACCGUGCCGAACGAGCCCUGGCCGAUUUUGCUUCCCUUGUGCCAAACGGACGGCCCGUCGUGGCUGUCUAGCAGAAUGCUCAUCUGUUCCGAGGAGUCGAACGAGUCCUCGUCGUCCUCGUCGUCAAAGAGCUUGAUUAUGGUGGAGUCGCGGUUCUCUCUGGUGGAGAGAGCGAUCGACAUGCGUGCGCGCUGCUGGGUGUCCAGACUGUUGGCCUUUGGGUCGAGGGUCAUGUUGUGCACGCCCGCGCGGAUAGUGCCGUCGGUGCCGAUUGGUGGCGAGCGGUCUGCCUUGAUGGUGUCUGCUGCGUUUGACCGGUUGAGCAUCACCUCUCCGACGGUGUGUUUCACGGGAACGGCCACGCCGUAG